GUUGCCCCGCUCCCCCCGUGGCGGGCGGGUCGGGACGCAUGAAGGGGACGCUCUGGCGUCGCCGGUGUCAGGAGGAGACUCUAGCACCCAAGUUUCCUCACGUUUCUCUCUGCUCGCCGGUACUGAGCCUGCCAGAGUCCCACGAGGGCCGUUCCCGGGCCUGGAAAGUCUCCUGUGCCGGUUCGCGAGUCCGUCCCGUUUUCUUCUUCAAGACCCAGCGUCUGCAGCGUCAACAUAAUUUUAUAGUUAAAUUCUUCCGGCAGAGCAGCCUGAGUUGGUGUUCGCGUAGUCGCGUGUUAAUUUUUCGGCUCCCUCAGCCCUGCGCGGCGGGUGGUUUGCGUGCUUGGGGCGGUGGGUGAACAAUCACUUGGCCGAGGGGGCCUCGCUGGGCCCCCGUCUGGCACCAGCCACCGCCCACGCUUGAGGACCUGAGACGCUUUGUGAGGGUUCUCCCCUCCCCAAGUACAACAAAGCGCACCUGCCUUUGGGGAACCUGGGACAGCACUCAGCCCCCAGCCUCCUGCGUUCGUGGUCGUCAUUCACGGGUGGGGCCCAGCGCGGACUCGGAGGCUGUGCAGGUGCCUGUGCCCAUAGUGGGCAGGGGCUGGGAGCUGACUUGACAACCUGCGGGGGCCAAGAGGUAUGAGAUCUUGAGGGCAGCGGGUUCCCUUUCCUCCUGGCCUGGGAGAGCACAGACUUGGGGCCGAGGAAGGAAGGGGCUUGGGGAUGAAUUAGUGCAGCUCGUUGCAGAGGGAGGAGGCAGGCUGGGGACUUUCCUCAAGGCACAGUAAGCUGGAGCCCGGCUGCCCUUUCAGCUUAGCCCUAGUCCUGGGCUGAGGAGCUUGUGGGCAGGGGAGGUGUGCGAGUCCUGUCCCUCCCCUCCAUAGUGCCCACUCUUGGCUGUGGCUGAGGAGCCCCCAGCCAGCACUGGCCAGGAGGACCAGGCCUCUCUGAGUCGCCUAAGUUUUAAAGUUCUGAAUCACACAGCUUUUUUACUACUUUGUAAGCAAAAAUCUGUUGCCAGGAAGUAUUGAUGAGUUUACAUCUCACAUGGGAAACUUGCUUCCAUUUUAGGUAGAAGGUCUAGUCUACGUUUGAACUUCUUGCUUGGUGUCAUUGUCCCAAACAUUGGUAAAGCGCUGGUGGCCCUGUUGAGCUCCUAAUGACAGGGCCCCUUGCGAUUUCCUGUGAGGAGACCACAGUUGUGGUGGCUCACAUGUGGGAGCGUGUCAUGCUUGGACUGAAGCAUGUCUUCCUUUUUAGGCGGGUGGCAGACUGGUGCUGUGAAGGGUCUGCUGUGUCUCUAGUGACAUACACCAUCCCCUCACGUCUGGCCGACAGCCAGCUGCAUGGAUCCCCUUCCUGAGGGCUCAGCAGGCUAGAGGAGCUGCUCCUCUUCCUGAUGUCGAACUUUGGCCACCGAGCCACCAAUGAGCAGAGGGUGGGGAGGGUUCACGGUCCACCAUGGAGGGCCGGGUCCAGCACAUGGCUCUUGGGGUGCAGGGGUCAGAGCCUCGGGCACCUUCGUCCGAGACUGCACCUGCUGGAGCUCAGCAGGUGUCUAUGUCCCAGGAAGCGUGUCAACACCCAGGAUCACUCCUAGGAAGUGGACUCGAGAGUCAUCCUCUGGGCAAGCUCUGCUUUUGUGUUUGAGCCUAGGGAGACAGUGCCUGGAGUCUUGACCAUGCAACCUGACAGGAGAGCUGACGGGCAGCUGUACUGGUCUUUUGUAUGUUCCGCAGCCCACGGCAGCCUAGGAAGGGAGAGGGCUGGAUCUUCAGGGCGGGCAGGACCAUCUGAGCAGUAGCAGUUAUGGUCAGCACGGUGGUGGGUCUCUCGUGUGGCCCACACUUGGGAGCGAGGCCUGUUCUGGUCCUGUCGUGUGCAGGAUGGGGACAGGUACUCACCUGCUGGCUGGAUUUAGAGGAUUGGGUGCCGAGUGGGGGGUCUGGAGGGCUUGGGAGACUGAUGAGCCGGGGGCUGCCAUCUGUCCUGCCCUUCCCUGGGCCCUGGGAAGUAAAGUUUCUGGGCUUUAGGCCCCUCUGUCUUGGGUUCUGGGAGCUGCCACGACCUCAGAGACUGGCAGGCUCUUGGCCCACACCAGUGGUUGCUGCUGUCUGGCCGCAGGGCUUACUCCUGGGUUGGCGUGGAUGGAGAGGCUCUAAGUGGCUGCCUCAAGUGACCGUUUUGUUCUGCUGGCCUCAGAGGCAGCAGACUGUCAUGGAGCUGGAGAUAGGUUUGUGGAAGAUUUUAUCUGGUACACUUGGUUCUGUCUGCGUCACCCUGGGAGUGGCAAGACAGGGACACCUGGACGUAUUUGAGGAAAGUCAUGGAGGAAGGAAAGACUCGCCCAAGGGAAGAGAAGGCUGCAUCUGGUGGCUUAGAGAAAAGACCUACGUGCGUGGCGUGAGUCUGCAGCUGCCCAGAGCCAGGAAGGCCGACAGCGGGUCCUGCAGCUGGGCUGAGUGAUGGUGCAGGGCGGGGGACGGGCCAAGGGCUUGGGUCCUUUGUGGUCAUGGUUACUUCUAAAAUGGGUUUUGGAAGCAGACACACCUGAGUUGGGCUCCUGGCAGGGCCUGGAAAGGUGAUUAGACGCCCGCCCAGGGUGAGCAGAGUAGAGCGGGAGGGCUUGUUGUUGGUCAGGUCGGAGGUGGCCCUGACUGGGGGAGGAGGCCGUUUCUUGCAGCGUAGGGGCCUGUGGGAACCUAAUGAGGGUGGGGGGGGCAGAGAUGGUCCUUUCUAGGGCUCUUGAGUCACAUUUGGUUGUUAUUCCCAGGGAUGUCGCUCCACCUUGGCACUGUCAACAUUUCAGCCUGGAUCGUUCUCUGGGGUGGGGCCAUCCUGGGCACUGCAGGUGCUGAGCAGAGUCCCUGCCUCCACCCACCCCAUACCAGGAGCACCCCCCAGUGUGACAACCACAGAUGUCCACAGAUAUGGCUCAGUGUCUCCUGGGGACAGAAUUGCCUGAGUGAGAGCCACUGUCUGGGAAUGUCGUUGCUCUUUUUGUCCUGGUUCCCACUGUGUUCUUGCCAUUUGCUCCUGUGGUUCUGGACUUGUGUCCUGUGUCGGGGAGCCUGCGAGAUGGGCUGUGAAGGUGGAACGCACUCCUGAGCAACUUCCCUCCGACUUCAGUGGUCUGCAGUAGGCCGUGCGUUUAGAUAGGCAGCGUCACGGCAAACCACACCUGCCCUCCCCACACUCGGACACUCCGAAGAGUGACUUAGCGCUGACAGCCACCUCCUGGGAGCCCCUGCUGCGUGCCUGCUGCCUAGUGGUGCUUGCAGUUCUGACUCUGACCCUUCCCUUUGCCAGAGAGACAGUUCAGAGGACCUGCCCAGGGUCACCCCAGGGAGUGGGCAGACCAGACCUGGGAGUCCACGCUCCUUUCACUGUCCACGUGGCACGAGAAUGCUCGUGGUCAGCCCAGCUCUAUUCGUUACAUGAGUGCUAACUAGAGGUUUGGUGUCUUCUGUCAACUGAGGCCUUUUUCUCAUGCAAGCCUGUUUCCCGUGAUAGCAUCGUUUCUGUGGAGGAUAUCACGGAGUAGCCGCAUCUCAUUAUGAUGUCAGGAUCACUUAAGAGUUGUGAGCACAGCAUUAGGCAGCAGGUCACUUACUUGGCAAAUGCUGAUGACCGAGGUUCCUUCCUGGCUCUGAGGUGGUCCGGGAGCACCCUGGUCUGUCUGAGAGGGCAGGGUGAGUGGAGCCUCUUGGGAGGUUGUAGGUGUAAGUAGUUAGUACCAGGUAGAAGGGUGCUCAGGGGGCUGCUUCACAUGACAGCAUGUUGAUGUUCCUGGUGCUUCUCAUGUGACCUGUGGGCCCCGAGGUGGGGGUGGGGGAGGUGAUCUCACCCUGUUGGCGGGAGGCCCAGGCUGGCCCGGGCUCACGGGUCAAGAUGUGGGCUAUGGGUGAGGUGGUCCUUGUUCUGACCUGGCCGGGGGAGCUUCCUCCCUGUGGCAGCAGGAGGGCUGGGAAGUGGCGUGGCCGCCCUGGCUUCUGGGUCUGCUGCCUCCCUGCAGGGAGCCAAGGGCACCUGGGGUGAUGCCGGGCUCCAUUCAAGGGGGUCUGUGCUCUUGGAGGUGAGGUCUCAGUGCGCCUCACCCCGAGAGGCAGGAAAGUCCCUGCAUAGGCUCUGAUUUUAUGUUCUUGAAGAAGAUAAAGGCCCAUUUACAGAACGGCCGGCACUGGUCCUGGGCUGCCUCCUUUGUGGGCUCAGCUCACGAGGGUGAUGGUGGUGCGAGGGGAUGGUGGUGUGGCCCAGGUGCUGCUCAGCGGGAGGCAGGCUCCCAGCUGGGUACCAGGCCCUGCAGGAAGGCACAGGUCGUGCCCUCUGUACAGGGAGGCUGUUUGCUCAGAGUGCCAGGCCGGGCUGUUGCUUUGCAAAGCUCCUUAGGGUGCUGCCAGGAGGCUGGCGCCCUUGGCACUCAGCCUGGACCAGAGGAAGCCUCUGGAGAGUUACUUUCUGGCAUAAAUGCCACGCGGCUGCCCUAAAGUACACAGAGCACAAGCAGGUCAUCAUCCAAAAACAUGUUUUGGUUUCAACAGGUGGAAGAGGGUGAAUAUUAACCCGUCUGUUAGCCACAGGUUGCUUCUGCAGAGUGCUUUCCGAAAGGAAGCCUCCAGCAGCCAUGGGCUGAGCACCCACCGUAUUGCGCAUGCAGAUCCUGGGAUACGGGGCCAAGUGGAGGCUCGAGAUUGGGUCUCAAUGCCCCAGGUACUAGGUGUGCAGAUCCCAGAGGACGUCUGUCAGGACCUCUGGGGGGCAGACAGCACACCUGACUCUGGGUUACGUUGGCUGGGGGUGCUGAGCAGCUGCUACCCUCAUGUGGGUUUGUGGGGUGCAGGGUCUGUAGGAGCCCCUGACUCCCAGCUCCAGACAUGCUACCAGCCUAUGGUGACCAGCGUGAGAGCCAUGUUUUAACUAAUCCCUUAAUCUGCAUAGUCCAGUGUUAAUUGGCCAAUUAACACAUUAAAUCCACACACUGCCGAGUGAGUGGCAGUCUAAGCUAGGCCAGGCUGUUAGUACUACAAAAGGGACUGCCAGCCCCAGUGAGCGGGUAAGGUCCGCAGACCCUUGGAUGCUGGCGUAGCCCGUUCUGUGCCGGAGUUGUAGGAAGUCUGAACAUCAGCAUGUAUCAGGUUGGUCACGCUGCCUGGGGCAGAGGGGUGGAGAGUGGCUGGUUUACCCUCAGCAAGGGCAAGACCCAGCCGUGUGUUUCUGGGGCGUGGGCUCGAGUCCCUCUGCUCUGGCUUCUUGCUGCCUGGCUGGGUUGGAAGCCAGGGGCAUUCUUGCUCUAUUGAUUGGAAACACCUGAACCUCAGAGAUGGGGACUUUGUGCUGUGGUCCUGGAGCUGAUCCCUGCCUUCGAGGAGGUGAGACUUGCCUCCUGGGACCUCCUGGAACUUUCUGUCUGUAGACUGGGGAGAAUGUGCCAAUCCUGCCUUCUGCGCAGGAGCAUAGCAGACACAAACACGGCAGCCACGGCACAGGCUCGCAGUUUUCCUCCUCCAGAGCAGACACACUGUAAAAUGAAAGAUCCCUCGCCAUCUAGCCCAGAUAUCAUAAGUGAUGAACCUGUUGUUCCAAAGGAAACUUAAAUUCUGUCAUUUCCUCAGUAAUGAAAAUUUUUCAUAACAUAGUUGUGUAUAACUUCAGACUUACAGAAAAAUUACAAAAAUAGUAGCAAAAAUUUCUAUAUAGUCUUUACCCAACCACACUCACCACAGGCUAACAUUUUGCCCCUUGGCAUGUGCCGCUCUUGCUGGCUCCUGCCCUGACAUGUGUGUAUUUUUGUUGAAAUAUUUGGGAGUGAGCUGGAGACCCAGUGUCCCUCUAUGUGGACACUGAGGGCAGCGCUAUUUCCCAAGAACACAGACUUUCAUUCUCUUUUACGGAUAUAGUGCAGUGGUGGAAGUAUGAGAAGUGCAGUGUUGACACUGUUACCUGACCACUGGCGUUGUCAGGUGUGCCAGUAAUGGCUACCUCGCCUUCCUCCUCAAUACCCACUUUCUGAAAUGUAAAUGAGGCUGAACUUGGACUGGUCCGACAAGUUCCUUCCUCCCAGGGCAGGCAGGGAUGGGUGCUUGGAGAAAUGACACCUGCUCAUUACCUUACUGUUUGGGUUGGGUGCAGCACUAAAUAGAGGCUGGUAUUUCUCCAAGUGACUUAGGUUUGGUUUUAUUUUUUAAUUUUUUUUUGAGAAUGCUUGAACUCCCCUCCCAAGGACUGUGCAAACCCUGCAGUUUCUCGCAGUUCCAGGCAGCUUUGAGGGCCCUUCACUCCUUCGUGGAGGUCAACUGGCUCUCCUGCUGGGCGCCGGCCCUGCUGGCCAGGGACGUGAGAGGUGCUGGGCUGAGUCAGCACUACCUGCCCAGUGCAGCCUGCCGGGAGAGGAGCCCAGAGAGGCCGCGCUCCUGUGGGAUCGCUGGGUCUGACCUCUGUGCUCCCUGGCCUGGCUCUGAAGGGUGCGUGGGAGAUGCAGGAGUUUGAGUUAUUGAGGCCUAAAUCUGAGCCUCCCACACUGCUUGAUCAGCACGUUUCCUCUGAAACUUGUCUACACAGAUCUCAUCUCUAAGGGACACAAAACACAGGAUGGCCACUGCGCCCUCUCCACACCGGAACGGGGGCGCGUGCUGGUCUGGUGACAUUUUGAAGAUGGCAGUGGGUACCUUUUUGGUGGUAGGAAAGUUAUUUUUCACACACUAUGUUUAAAAUUACCCUUACGGAGAAAGAAAGAGUAGAAACAAGCAUCUUUGCAAGGGCUGACUCCGUGAGGCUGGGGUUUGUGGCCGGGCAGUCAUUUAGUGGAGGCGAUGGGUUCGCCGGCCACCUCACAGGGGUCUCUGCAGACGAGCUGGCAGGGACUGGAGAGGGAUAGCCACAUCCUGGCACGCAGCUCCUUUGACUGCUGAUGGUGCAGUAGUCCCUUGAACCUGGCAGGGGCCUUUUUGUCUCAAAGCCGAGUGUGGUGUGGCUGUCAGGGACCUGUGUUGGACUGGUGUUGUCAGGGCAGCCGGCACGGUUCUGUGUCUCAAGUGGUGACUCAAGCCUGGAGGAUGCUGUGGUCCCAGAAGACCCCCAUGUAGCGUCUGGGUCCAGUUCCGAGAGUGAGGACUGUGUCACCACAGAGCAUACAUCCCAGGCUCAGCUCAGUCCUCUUGCCUGGGGUAGGCGGGCAGGACAGGAGACUCGCCUCCUCCUGGUCUCUUGAGUCUGCCUCCUGGGCUUGGGGGAAACCUGAGUGACAUCUGAGGCCCCGUGAGUGGAUGAGCCCUGUGGCACGUGUUAGCUGUGCCGAGUGGUGCUGCAAGGAAGCUCUUCGUGGGUGGUCUUGACUGGAGCACGACCCAAGAGACUCUGCGCAGCUACUUUUCCCAAUAUGGAGAAGUUGUAGACUGUGUUAUCAUGAAAGAUAAAACAACCAACCAGUCUCGAGGUUUUGGGUUUGUCAAAUUUAAAGACCCAAACUGUGUGGGAACAGUGCUGGCCAGUAGACCACACACACUGGAUGGCCGAAACAUCGACCCAAAGCCAUGCACACCCCGGGGGAUGCAGCCCGAGAGAACACGGCCGAAGGAAGGAUGGCAGAAAGGGUCCAGGAGUGACAGCAGCAAAUCCAAUAAGAUAUUUGUCGGUGGAAUUCCUCACAACUGUGGUGAGACCGAACUCAGGGAAUACUUCAAGAAAUUUGGAGUGGUCACCGAGGUGGUCAUGAUCUACGAUGCAGAGAAGCAGAGGCCACGAGGUUUUGGAUUUAUUACUUUCGAGGACGAACAAUCAGUGGACCAGGCUGUCAACAUGCAUUUUCACGACAUCAUGGGCAAAAAAGUGGAAGUUAAACGGGCCGAACCUCGGGACAGCAAAAGCCAAGCGCCGGGACAGCCAGGUGCCAGCCAGUGGGGGAGCCGGGUCGUGCCCAAUGCUGCCAACGGCUGGGCAGGCCAGCCCCCACCGACGUGGCAGCAAGGCUACGGCCCCCAAGGAAUGUGGGUGCCAGCAGGACAGGCGAUUGGUGGCUACGGACCGCCCCCUGCGGGCAGAGGAGCCCCCCCGCCACCCCCACCAUUCACAUCCUACAUUGUGUCCACCCCUCCCGGAGGCUUCCCUCCUCCUCAGGGCUUCCCGCAGGGCUACGGUGCCCCACCGCAGUUCAGUUUUGGCUACGGGCCUCCGCCUCCACCUCCAGAUCAGUUUGCCCCCCCCGGGGUUCCUCCUCCACCAGCCACUCCGGGGGCAGCACCUCUGGCCUUCCCACCACCUCCGUCUCAGGCCACCCCUGACAUGAGCAAACCCCCGACGGCUCAGCCAGACUUUCCCUACGGUCAGUAUGCAGGUUACGGACAGGACUUGAGUGGCUUUGGACAGGGCUUCUCGGACCCCAGCCAGCAGCCCCCCUCCUACGGGGGUCCCUCGGUGCCAGGGUCUGGGGGGCCCCCUGCUGGUGGCAGUGGCUUUGGACGAGGUCAGAACCAUAAUGUGCAAGGAUUCCACCCCUACCGACGCUAGCCUGCAGCACGCAAACGUCUGCACAGCUGAGACCCAGGAUUCGAAACUUGUGAACUCUUGACAAUCACAAACUUGGCGGAAAAGUAGCGACUCAACCUUGGGGGAGGGGGGUGGGGCGCGAGGCUUUUGGAGGCGGCUGUGGGUAUCUGGACUGAGGUUUUUAAAUACAUUUCUUUCUCUAACCCAUCAGCACAAUAAAAAAAAGUCACUGGUUCAACAACAGGGUUUAAAAAAAAUGUCUUCAGCUUUAAUUCAAAACUUCAGGUUUCUUUUUCUUCCUUUUUUUUUUGAAAUUAUUUUCCUGAGCCUUUUGUUUUACCGUAUAUUGUAACUUUUAUGUUAAAGAAAAAAUAUACAUUUACAAAUUGUGAGAUUUUUAAGAGAAAUUUUCUACGAUGUAUACUGGCUUAUUUUUUAAUUUAAAACAGGGUUUCCGUCGGCACUGGUGGAAGUGGGGCAUGUUUUUAAACCCCUCACUCCUGGCUUAGGGGGUUGGGACUCGUUGGUCCAGAAACUCUGGGAGCUUAAAGAAGAAAUCUACUGAGCGUGUUUUGUUUUUUGUUUAAUUCCUUGCUUUUGUCGACUGACCUGCCUGGUAGUGUUUGCAGGUGCACUGUGGGGGUUGCGCACAGCCAGCCGCGAGAACACCGUGGUGACGCGGCAGCAGCCUUGUCAGAAGCGAUCUCCCUCGGGCACGUGGCUUCAGGGCAAUUCCCAUUGACCACUUUGACCCUGGUUUGAAUAAAGAAAAGUGCGUUUGGAUUAGAAACUCA